CAGUUUUUUACUGGGUUUCUAUCCGUCCCAACGCACUCUCCGUCUUCUUGUUCAUUACCUUGAGAUUCCUCUCUCUCCGCCUCUCUCCUCCUGCUUUAGAGUUUUGCAGUUUUCCCUCGAUCUCCGGUGGUCUCUCGAGCGGGAGGCUCUCCGUCGCCGGAUCUAGUUUCCUUUGCCUCAUAACGGGUGGCGAUCCGGGCGAUCCGAUCGAUCCGCCAUGUUCUUGGUUGAUUGGUUCUACGGCAUCCUAGCCUCGCUGGGGCUGUGGCAGAAGGAGGCUAAGAUCCUCUUUCUUGGGCUUGAUAACGCCGGGAAGACGACGCUCCUCCACAUGCUCAAGGACGAGAGGUUGGUGCAGCAUCAGCCGACCCAAUACCCGACUUCGGAGGAACUGAGCAUUGGAAAGAUUAAGUUCAAGGCAUUUGACCUUGGUGGGCACCAGAUUGCUCGGCGGGUUUGGAAGGAUUACUAUGCAAAGGUGGAUGCCGUGGUGUAUCUGGUAGACGCCUUUGACAAGGAACGGUUCGCUGAGUCUAAGAAGGAGCUCGAUGCCUUGCUUUCGGACGACGGCUUAGCCAACGUCCCGUUCCUUGUCCUCGGUAACAAAAUUGACAUACCGUACGCGGCAUCCGAAGAGGAGCUCCGCUACCACCUCGGCCUCACCAACUUCACUACCGGCAAGGGCAAGGUCAACCUCGCCGACUCUAACGUCCGGCCGCUCGAGGUCUUCAUGUGCAGCAUCGUCCGAAAGAUGGGUUAUGGAGAUGGAUUCAAAUGGCUCUCGCAGUAUAUCAAGUGAACCAUCAGGCAAAAUCUUAUACUGCUGCUGCAAUUAUCUUUUGUUUCGGUUUGAUGAUGAUGGCAUGAAACUAUGUUUUGGUGCUUUAUUUAUAAUAAUGCAAAUGUUUUCCAUAUUUAACAGGAUUGGGAUUAUGAAGACUUUGUAAAGUAGAAUGCAAUGUUAGAAUUAUUCUUUCUUUCC